AUGAAGGAGCUAGUCGGGUGCGAUUACGUGGAGUCGUCAAGGGACCCGAGCGCCUGGUUCAGCAACGACUUUGGAUGUUGCGCCAGUCGCUGUGGCAUGAGUUUGAGAAAGGAAGAUGCAGACGACUCGACUGGAGAGAGGAGUGAAGAGCAAAUGACCCGCGACGAGAGGUGGCUGUCGGUGGCGUCGCCAAAUUCUGGAUUGGUGAACAGCGGCGACGAGUACGACGAGAAGCUCACGAAGAAAAGAGGAAAAAUCGACAACAACGACGGAGCGGCCGUGUGGAGUGUGUUGUAG